AUGGAGUCGUGCGCACUUUUGACCGACGAGAUUGUCGUCGGUAUCUUUAAGGACGCCAUCAAGAGUUCGGAAUGCCGUCGUGGCUUUAUUCUUGAAGACUUUCCACGAACGGUCGUGCAGGCGAAUGACCAGACGGAUGGAGUGACGGCUUGUAUUGUGGCAUCCAUUCAUCACGUUUAA